AUGACAGACGCCGUGCUGCCCGUCGAGGCCACCCUCGCCAGCCUCCCUCCCAAGCCCUCGCCUACCCUACGCGCCGCCACCCGCGCAUCUCUCUCCUCCUCUUCUUCUUCUUCCUCCUCCGCCAACGCACCUCUUCUCAUCGUCCUCGACGACGACCCAACAGGCACCCAGACAUGCCAUGACAUCCACAUCCUCACCGCCUGGGACGUCCCCCGCCUCGUCGCCGAGUUCAAGGCCACGCCCCCCGGCAGCGGCUUCUUCCUCCUCACCAACUCGCGCGCGCUGCACCCGGCGCCCGCGCGUGCCCUGAUCACGGAGAUCUGCACCAACCUACAAGAGGCCGAGCGCCAGACGGGCCUGCGCUUCGAGGUCGUCCUGCGCAGUGACUCGACCCUGCGCGGCCACUUUCCGCUCGAGGCCGACGCGAGCGAGGACGUCCUGGGUCCCGCGGACGCCUGGAUCCUCUGCCCCUUCUUCCUCCAGGGUGGACGCUACACCAUUGGCAACGUGCACUAUGUCCAGGAGGGCGCCAACCUCGUGCCCGCCGCCCAGACGCCGUUUGCCAGGGACGCCACCUUUGGGUACACAAAGAGCGACCUGUGCGCCCAUGUCGUCGAGAAGGCCAAGGGCGCCAUCAAGGAGGAGCAGGUGUCUGCCGUCAGUCUGGACACCAUCCGCAAUGGGGGUGCGCAGGCGGUGCUGCAGCAGAUUCAGAGCACCAUCCAAUCGACCAAGAGACCUGUGAUUGUCAUCAACGCUGCGGCCGACGAGGAUGUGGACGUUGUCGUCGAGGCCCUACUCACAGCCUCGGCGGCUGGUACGCGGUUCCUCUACCGCACAGGCGCCGCCUUUGUAUCCGCACGUCUCGCCAUCGAGGGCAUACCGCCCGUAUCAGCCCAAAAGCUCGGCCUCUCGGGCGCGGUGGGUGGUCUGAUCAUCGCAGGGUCCUACGUGCCCAAGACGACAGCCCAGCUCGCCGUUCUCCGUGAGAGGUCCGGCGCCCACCUGACCACGGUCGUGCUGGACGUGCGGCGUCUGCUCUCCGAUCCGGAUCCGGAGAUUCGGCACGCGCUCGAAACGGCCUCGGGCGAGAUUGCACGCGGGCAGGACGUGCUCAUCAUGACCUCGCGCGAGCUGGUGCUGGGCGCGGACGAGGCGCGCAGCCUGGACAUUGGCGCCACGGUCGCGCGGGCGCUCGUCUCGUUCCUGCAGCGCCUCGAGACCAAGCCGCGGUACGUCGUGGCCAAGGGGGGCAUCACGUCCAGCGACAUGGCGACCCAGGGGUUGCGCUUCAAGAGGGCGCUCAUCGUGGGGCAGGCCGCGCCCGGCGUGCCGCUGUGGCGGUGCGAUGAGCCCGAGGCAAAGUGGCCUGGUCUGCCGUAUGUCGUCUUCCCGGGGAACGUGGGCAGCGAGGAGACGCUGUUUGAUGUCGUGCACGGGUGGAGGGUGUCGUAG